AAUACCUCUUAUUAACAGCUUGUUUUCAUAUUAAUCGUGAUUCAUACGUAAUUUUGUUUUUGUCUAUAAUUUUGAUAGAUAAAUUUCUGCAUAUUUCACCAGUAAUAAUGACCAUGUAUAAUUAUUUAGAUUAUAAAAAUUGACAGAAGUCAUCAGCCAAUCAAAUUAAGCGUUACAUUCACAAGGAACCAACAUGGCAGAUGUUGCCUUGAAAAACGAAGGCUGGUAUUUGUCAGCUGAUGGUAUCGCUGAGUGCUCAGAAGAUGGAAGGACAGGCAUACAAGACAUAAUCAAAGCUGCUCUAGAUAGUGAUUUCAAGUUGAUUGGGGGCAAAAGUCUCUCAGAGGGCGUCAAAUCUGGAAAAGAAAGUCUUCAAGGUACAUAUGUAGUUCAAGUCCAGAAAGUUCGCAAUGUAUCUGCCCCUAAGGACAAUGAAGAGUCUAAUGCAGCGCCACCUUUACUUCGUGUAACGUUUACAGAUGGCUACACUAACCUUAAUGGCCUUGUUAUGGAGACUAUAUCUCAACUAGGACUGAAUACUCCACCAGGCACAAAGUUAAAGCUGACUGGAAAGAUCCCUAGUGUAGCUGGCUUCUUACAGUUGAGGCCUGCUAAUGUAAAGGUGCUGGGAGGCAGGGUUGAUAAGCUAGUGGAUAACUGGGAGCUCAAGAGGACAUUAGCUAAACAAACCCGCACAGUGACGGGAAGUGAUGGGGGACCUCCACCAUGGGUCGAGUUUGGUAAAAGAAUUGCUGCUGAACAUGAAGCCCCCCGGGGCAGAGAUACAUUCAAGUCUUUAGAGGCCAACAAAGUUAAAAAAUCAGAUGGAGAGUUUGAGGCUCAAAGAAAAGCUCAGAUUGCUGAAAUUGCCAAAUCAAAAGAUGGGACUGGAGGUGGGAAAAACUUUGGUCCAGGGACAAAGCAGGAUAAAGAAAUAGCUAGAAUCAUGGAGAUGGGGUUUACUUUAGAACAGGCCACAAUUGCUUUAAGACAAUCGAAUAAUAAUGUUAAUGAUGCUAUUACAAUGCUAGUUAACCCCCAAUCAUUUAGAGGGGGAUAUGAAAACCAGGGGGGACAUGAUAACCAAAACAGAGGUGGAUAUGAUAACAGGGGAGGUGGAUAUGAUAAUAGAGGAGCUGGGGAUAGAUAUCAAGAUAGAGGAGAAAGACCUGAGCGAUAUCAAAACAACAGACCUGAUCGAAAUUCUUCACGGCAGAAUGAGAGGCCGCCACAGGAGCGGGAACGCAACAGUUACCAGGGAAAAUCAGAGGAACGGCUUUCCAGACCCGGUGAAAAUGAACGUCGUGAUGUGGAGCGGCGUGACACAGAUCGCAUUUCAGAUGAUGGUCGGGGACGUGGUAAACCCAUAGAAAAAUCAGAGAGGCCUGACAGAGGAGGCCGGGGUAGGCGAGGUCGAGAUGAAAAUGAAGGAGACGAUUAUGGGCCGCCAAGCAAGCCAUCUGCUCCUGCAACACUUUUCGACUUUCUGGUAAAGAAAACCAACAUAGAAGUCAAAGAAGACAAAUCUGAUUCAUCAUCAGAGAAAGGACGUGAUGAAAAGCGCCCUCUAUAUAAUGACCAGUCUCGCAAACCGUCCAACCUCCCACCACGGCUACAACACAAAGACAUUAAGAAAGAAAUUCAAUUAAAUAAUGAAAUGAAAGAGCGGGAGCGACGACCUCCAGGUCCUCCUCAAUCAAGAUCUAUGAACAAUUACGAUCCUAGACAAAAAGCUAUGAUGGAUCGGCCUCAGAGGAGGAGUGAGGAACGGCAGAUGGGAGGUCGGCCCAGGUAUGACCAGGGUCCACCCCCUAGGGGUAGAGGCGGGGAGCCAGGGUACUACAGAAGGGGGGAGAGACAGGGAGGAUAUAAUGAUGAAAACAGGGGUAGAGGACGCAACAAUACAAUGGUUAUAUCAAAUAGUCAUUACAACAACAACAAUCAGACUCAGAACUAUCCACCAAAUUAUAGCGGCCCACAUCGGGGCUAUCGGGAAAAUUAUAGGGAAAAUACUAGAUAUGAAAAUAAAGCCAGUGAAGACAAUAGACAACAAAAUUAUAGGGAUAAAAAUAGUAGAAAUCCAGAUAGGGGCAAAUAUCAAGGAGACACUGCUACUGAAGAAACCACUUCACAGGUGGAGCCACAGGUCACAGAAACUGAACAACAACAGCAAAUGGUUGCCACAACUACACAACAUGAGUUAAACAAUCAGCAGCAAGUGCCCCCAGGUCAACAGGUCACAUCUCAGAUGCAGCAAAUGACCUUAGAUCAAGGUGAAGGACAGAGUGAAGUAACAGUUACACAAGUGCAACAGAUGAGCACUGUUCCUGCAGUAAACCAACCUUCAAGCCAAGUACAAGAGACCUCCAUGUCACAGGAAAUUGUCAUGUCUCAGAACAGUCAGACUAGUCAGGUUUAUGCUCAGCCAGCUUACAGCCAAGAAGGACAUCCCCCAGGGUUCCAAGUGCAGAUGUUUCAGCAACCUCAGCAAUAUCCAGCCACAGCAGGUUACAUUACCCAAGAUGCAUUGCAACAGGGUCAGGUUGCCUAUAACCAAGGAGGCAACCAAAUAAUCUAUGGAGGACAAACCUAUCAACAAAUACAGAUUUACAAUGGAACCCCAUCUUACCCACAAGUCCCAGGUUACCCUGUGCCACAGGAGGGUGCCAUGGUGGCAACAAGUUCAGGAGUAAUCGACACAAAUGGUACCAUGCAGUAUCAGUCUCCGGAGAAUGGUGCCAUACAAUAUGUUCAGAUACAGCCAGAGAAAAAUGGCAUAUCUAUUUCUCCAGAGGAGCACAAAGCUUUCUUGAAGAAACUCCAAGUUGGCGACUUUGUGUCUGCAAAGUAUUACGAUGAUCAGGAGUUCUAUCGUGCUACAAUCCAUCAGUUAGGUCCAGAUGGUGUAACAGCAUUUGUCACCUACACAGACUAUGGCAACACUGAACAGAUAGCAAUAGAAGAUAUACAUCCCCUCACCAAACAGGAUAUGGCACAAAUGCAAGUUCAAAUGCAGCAAGUGUAUGUGCAACCACAAGUUUCCCUUCAAACAAUGCAACCUGGUGUCACAGCCCAGUACAUGAAUGUACAACAGUCUUAUCCUGGAUACCAGCAGCAAGGAGCAUCUAUACCAGCAGCAAAUAUGGCAGCUCCUAAUAUGGCAGCUCCAAAUAUGGCAAACCCAAAUAUAGUACCCCAAAAUGUGGUAGCUGGUCAAACCAUUGAAUUCCGACGAGGAGGAAAUGGGCAGUCUUUUCAGAAUUCCCGCCCUAAUGACAGGCGCAUCAACAAAGGACAGACUCUUUAUCAACCUGGCCCUUACAAAAGUAAUUAAUGAUUUGAAACUGUUACACAAAUAUUGGGAGCUCUUUAAAAUUGGAAAUUUCAAUUCCGGAGCUAUCAAUAUUUUUGGAACAGUUAUUUUUUAUUUCGAUUUUAGUGGUCUUUUUUCUUUGAGUGCCUGUGGAAUUCAUGCUAUUUCUAAAGGUGCUUGGCUACACACAAGUUGUGUACCUAGGGGGAUAAUGGUUGUUAGGGAAAUGUAAUGUUGCUAAGCAGUUACUUGGCACAAGGGUUGCUAGGGAUACAAGUGGGUUAUAAGGUGCAACAUACAAUUGCUUGGGCAAUGUCUGUUAUAUCCUAUAGUAGGGGAAUCAGGAUAAUAUCAGGGGUUAAUUGAUUGGUCGUCAGGGGGCAACAAUGGUUGCUAUGGUAACAAUCAUGCUACAUUAUUGGCAUUAUUUUAUAGUAAUGUAACACAGGUUGCUAAGUAUAAAUCCUAUAUCAAGCGUGGAACGGCCAAUUCAAAAAUGAAACCAAAUAAUAUUUUUUGACAAAAUGUUCAAUGUGUACAGAGAUGUUAUUUACAUGUUAAUUGUAACUAGAUCAUGUACUUAAUUCC